AUUUGCGCGUACCUAUAUCUCUGAUGACAGAGAUAAGAGGAUACCGUGCGUUCAAUCAUUCAGUCGUUCCAUCGAAAGCCUCGGAAUCAGCGAUCAUGUCGAGUGAGCUAGAUAUCAGGAAUUACAUUGAGUUUGCCAAGGAGUUAACCUUGAAAGCAGGUGAGAUAUUUAAGUGUGGCUUCGAAGGAGAAAAGAUCGUGGAAACGAAGGAUCACGAAUGGGACUUGGUUACGGAUUAUGACAAAAAGAUCGAGAAUGUACUGAUCAACGGUCUGAAAACAAAGUUUCCCGAUCACGAAUUUAUCGGUGAGGAAAGCCAUGUAAAAGAGACACCAGUAUUAACAGACAAACCAACAUGGAUCAUAGAUCCUAUAGACGGAACUAUGAAUUACGUAAAUUCGCUUCCGUUCACGUGUAUCUCUAUUGGUUUAGCAGUUUGCAAGGAACUCGCUGCAGGGAUCAUUUAUAAUCCGCUCACCGCGGAAUUGUACACUGCGAUUAAAGGACAAGGCGCUUUUUUGAACGACAAACCGAUCAGCACUACAACCGUAACCGAACUGAAAAAAGCUUUGAUAGAGAUCGAGUUGUUCUCGCUUCGUAUUCCCUCGAGAAACCGGGACAUCAGAACGGGCAGAUUAGAUGCCUUGAUACACGCGUCACGGGGAGUUAGAGUUAUCGGAUCGGCUGCGUUGAGUCUAGCGUACGUUGCAAAAGGUGCACUAGAUAGCUUUCAUAUGGACUUCCUUCAACCUUGGGACGUUGCGGCGGGAGUGUUAAUCGUUCGCGAGGCAGGUGGCUCAGUACUUGACACCAAAGAGGAACAGUACAAUUUUAUGAAACCGAACACAAUUGCCGCGGGAAACUGUACACUUGCGACGGAGAUAAAGGAAUUAAUUAUUAACACUGACUUGAAAACAAUGCGUAAGAGAUUAACGAGGACAUGAUCGAGGUUUAAAUUCUGGAUCGAUUUUUGUGUGCUUAUAG